AUGGCAGGAGCUACCGCCCUGGAUAUGUUCGAGGAUGGAGCAGAAGAACUCUCAUUUGGGUACUAUGCCAGGACUUGCCCAAACAUGGAGGUUAUUGUACACAAGAAGAUUCAAGAUUGGAUAGCUCGUGAUCCCAGUCUUGGCCCUGCCAUUAUUCGCCUACAUUUCCAUGAUUGUGCUGUUAGGGGAUGUGACGCAUCAAUCUUACUGAACCAUGCUGGAAGCGAAAGGAAGGCGAAGGAGAGCGAGAGCCUGAAAGGAUUCAAUGUUAUUGAUGAUAUUAAGGCAGAGAUCGAGAAGAAGUGCCCAAAGACUGUUUCUUGUGCUGACAUCCUUACAGCAGCUGCACGAGAGGCUACCGUUAAGAUUGGAGGGCCAUUCUGGGAGGUUCCAUAUGGCAGGAAAGAUGGCAGGGUAUCUCUUGUUUCAGAAGCUGCGUUUGUGCCGAUGGGACAUGAGAAUAUGACCUAUCUCAUUGAGUUCUUCCAAUCAAAGGGUUUGAGUUUGCUUGAUCUUGUUGUCCUCUCAGGUGCCCAUACCAUUGGAAGGAGCACUUGCAGCUCAAUCCAGGACAGAUUGUACAACUUCAAAGGCACCAAAAAACCAGAUCCCUCCAUUGAAGCACAUUACUUGAACUUUUUAAAAAGGAAAUGCAGAUGGGCUUCAGAAUAUGUAGAGCUCGAUGGAUCCACACCUAAGAAAUUUGAUUCAGUUUACUACAAUAACUUGCAGAGAAAAAUGGGUUUACUGUCCACUGAUCAACUUCUCAACUCUGAUUCGAGGACUUCACCUAUCGUUUCUGCUCUAUCAGCUCAGCCAAUGCUCUUCUAUCAGCAAUUUUCUGUGUCUAUGACUAAUCUGGGGAAUGUUCAAGUUCUUACAGGUGAUGAGGGGGAGAUCAGGACCAAAUGCAGCUCACUUAACCAUCGUUGAUUAGUCUGAUUGUUAAUGUAUUUAAGAUUUGUUUGAAUGUGAUUUGAGAACUGAGUGUUGUUUCUGACACUGGAAACAAAACUGGAGUGGAAAGGAUGGAGCUUACUGUUUUGAAAUAUGUAAUAUUUGUUCUUAAUUUGCUGUGAACUGG